CAAGUGGCUUCUCAGAAGCCCAUCAUAUGGUACAUGCUGCCAAGCUCCCCAGGCAGGAUGGGGAUAGGCAGGGGGACUCGAAUACCACUAUGGAUUCCUAUACUAAUGAUUAUCUUAAGCCGUCAUCAGAAAGUACAUGCCCAGUUUCAAUAUCAACAAUCCCAAUAUGAGGACCAGCAAUCCCAAUAUAUGGAUCAGCAAUCCCAGUAUGAAGAUCAGCAGUCCGAAUAUGUGGACCAACAGCUCUUCCCUCCUGACGAGCAGCAAGUGCAGCAGACACAUGACUAUUUUACCACAUUAGCUCCCUCAAGUCCUGUGAGUGUAAUCCCUGCAUUGAGAACAACAAUGGUGAUCAAGAGUGGAAACUCAGCUCAUAAUCAUAGAAUCUGUAGCACUUGGGGCAAUUUCCACUUCAAGACCUUUGAUGGAGAUAUCUAUCAGUUUCCUGGACUCUGCAAUUAUGUCUUUGCAUCCCACUGCAAAUCCUCUUAUGAAGACUUCAAUAUACAAAUAAGACGCUUGGUGUUUGAGAAUGUUACUGUUAUCAGCCGUGUGGUUUUGAAACUUGACGGAGUAGCUCUUGAACUUACUUCAAAUUCCAUUAUUGUCAAUGGAGAGCCGGUUCAGCUGCCUUACAGCCACUUAGGAAUUCUGAUGGAGACAGUCUCAGGUUAUCUCAAGGUCCAAGGGAAAAUGGGAGUGACCCUGCUGUGGAAUCAAGAGGAUGCCCUUUUGCUGGAACUACAUGAAAAGUAUGCUAAUCAAACUUGUGGUCUUUGUGGGGAUUUCAAUCAAAUCGCAACCUACAAUGAAUUCAUUUCCAACAAUGUCCAGCUGACUCCUUUGCAGUUUGGAAACAUGCAGAAGAUGGACGGACCUACAGAACAAUGUGAAGACCCUAUCUCUUUACCUAAAGGCCAAUGCAGCCAGGAGUUUACCACUCUUUGCCAAAAAAUACUGACUGGUAAUGCAUUUGACGCUUGCAAUGCAUUAGUUGAUGUGCGUGACUACAUUGAUGCUUGCGUACAAGACUUAUGCCAAUGUGAUCAGUCUAUGGCUGAAGCCUGCAUCUGUAACACUUUUGCUGAGUACUCCAGGCAAUGCUCCCAUGCUGGUGGACACCCACUUGAAUGGAGAACAGAAGAUGUCUGUCCCAAGUCUUGUCCUUUCAACAUGCAGCAUCAAGAAUGUGGAUCCCCCUGUUUCGACUCUUGUACCAAUUCUGAACAGUCCCAAUUGUGUGAAGAUCAUUGUAUAGAUGGCUGUUUCUGUCCCCCCGGCACUGUGUUUGAUGACAUUAACAAUUCUGGCUGCAUCCCCAUUUCGGAUUGUUAUUGUUCUUACAAUGGGGUUUCUUAUGCUCCUGGUACUUCUUUUUCCUCCCAGUGCAUUUCCUGUUCUUGCACUGGGGGACAAUGGACUUGUGUCAGUCUUUCAUGCCCUGGAGUAUGUUCUAUUGAAGGUGGCUCCCAUGUCUCCACUUUUGAUGAGAAAUACUAUUCAUUUUUUGGGGACUGUAGCUAUAUGAUCACUAAGCUCUGUGAUAGCAAUAAGUUCGCUGUUCUGGGAGAAAUUCAAAAGUGUGGCCUGACAGAUUCUGAGACAUGCCUGAAAGGAUUAGCUCUAAGUGUUGAUGGAGGACAGACAGUCUUUGUGGUCAAGUCUAAUGGAGCUGUAUAUGUGAAUAUGAUUCUCACUCAACUGCCUAUCUCAGCAUCCAAUGUCACCAUCUUCAGCCCUACCUCAUUCUUCACUGUGAUAGACACAAAAUUUGGAUUCCAGGUGGUGAUACAAUUUAUCCCUAUAAUGCAGGUGUUUCUAUACAUGGAUCCAAGCCACAAAGGGCAGACAUGUGGCCUCUGUGGAAAUUUCAAUGGUAUCCAAUCAGAUGACUUUAAAGCUAUCAGUGGGGUGACAGAAGGAACCUCUGCUGCUUUUGUUAACACCUGGAAAACACAGGCAGAUUGCCCCAAUGUCAAAAACAUAUUUGAAAACCCCUGUACUCUCAGUAUAGAAAAUGAAAAAUAUGCUUCACACUGGUGCGGAUUGCUGACUGACACCAAGGGGCCCUUUCAGAAAUGCCACUCAAUAGUAAACCCAGCUGUUUACCAUAAAAACUGCAUGUAUGACACCUGUAACUGUGAAAAGAGUGAGAACUGUAUGUGUGCUGCCCUCUCAGCCUAUGUCAGAGCCUGUGCUGGUAAAGGAGUAUUGAUCACUGCAUGGAGGACUAGUGUCUGUGCCAAAUUCCAAAUUUGUCCUGAAACCUGGACUUAUCAUUACAAUAUUGAAACAUGUCAAGCCACCUGCCGAGCCCUCAGUGAGGUUGAUGUCACUUGCAAAAUCACGUUCCCUCCAGUGGAUGGAUGCACCUGUGAAGAAGGGACAUACCUGGAUGACAGUAACAAAUGUGUGCCUGCCUCUAAGUGCCCUUGUUACCACAAAGGAACUGCCAUUCCAUCUGGAGAGGUGGUUCAUGAAAAUGGCAUCAUAUGUACCUGUGUACAAGGCAAGCUUCAGUGCAUUGGGGAAGUGAAACCACAAACAGUUUGUGACGCUCCUAUGAUCUACUUUGAUUGUGACAAUAUCACAGCUAAUGCUCAUGGAGUUGAGUGCCAGAAGAGCUGCCAGACACUUGAUAUGGGAUGUUAUAGCGCACAGUGUGUCUCUGGUUGUGUGUGUCCUGAUCAGCUAGUGUCUAAUGGUACAGGCAAAUGUAUACCUGCAGAAGACUGUCCAUGCGUUCACAAUGAAGCCACAUACAAACCAGGAGAAACUAUCAAAGAUAAAUGUAAUACUUGCACAUGCAAGAACCGAAAGUGGAUAUGCUCUAAUAAACCUUGUCUGGAAACUUGCUCAGUUUAUGGUGAUGGUCAUUAUAUCACCUUUGACGGCAAACGAUACAGCUUCAAUGGAGAAUGUGAAUACACACUGAUCCAGAAUCAGUGUGGUAAAAAUAAGACCAAUGUAGAAGCUUUCCGAGUGAUCACAGAGAAUAUCCCCUGUGGUUCUACAGGGACUACCUGCUCAAAAGCCAUUAAGGUGUUCACUGGGAAGUAUGAGUUAGUACUUACAGAUGGAAAAUUUGAGGUGAUACAGAGACUUCCUGGUGGAGAUGAACUGCCAUUCAAGAUCCGAUACAUGGGCAACUACAUGGUGAUUGAAAUUUUUAACGGAGGAGUGAUCGUGAUAUGGGAUAGGAAAACCAGUGUGAUCAUUAAACUCAGCACAGACUUUAAGGGUCAGGUCUGUGGCCUUUGCGGAAACUAUGAUGGCAAUGACAUCAAUGAUUUCACCACCAGGAGCCAGUCUGUAGUAGGAGAUGUCCUGGAGUUUGGUAACAGUUGGAAAGUUUCUCCCACUUGUCCAGAUGUCCCAAACAGCCGGGAUCCUUGUUCUGCAAAUCCCUAUAGGAGUUCCUGGGCACAGAGGCAAUGUAGCAUCAUUAACAGCAAGACAUUUGCUCUCUGCCAUCCUCAGGUUGAACCAACUAAAUAUUACGAAGCGUGUGUAUCUGAUGCCUGUGCUUGUGACACUGGAGGAGACUGUGAAUGCUUCUGUACAGCUGUGGCUGCAUAUGCACAGGCAUGUCAGGAGGCUGGUGCAUGCAUCUCUUGGAGAACUCCAUCCAUCUGUCCUUUAUUCUGUGAUUACUACAAUAAACAAGGAGAGUGUGAAUGGCAUUAUCAACCUUGUGGUUCUUCUUGCAUGAAGACCUGUAGGAAUCCACAUAAUUGUUCACUUGAAAUAUAUGACUUGGAAGGGUGCUAUCCAAACUGUCCAGCCGAUAAACCCUACUUUAAUGAAGAUGAGAUGGAUUGUGUCUCCCUUGAUAAGUGUGGCUGCUUUGAUGGCAAAGGAAACUAUUAUAAACCAGGAGAAAAAUUGCCUUCAGAAAAGAGCUGUCAGUCAUGUUAUUGUUCAAUGGACAGUGAAGAGGACUGCAGAUAUGAUGAAAAUGAAUGCUACUGUAUCUAUGAAGGAAAGAUAAGCAAACCUGGCGAGAUCAUCUAUAAUACAACCGAUGGCAUUGGAGGGUGCAUCACUGCAAUUUGCAGUCAAAAUGGCACAAUUGAGAGGAACAUCUUUCCAUGUCCCACAACCCCUACCAGUAUACCCACUGCUACUGUCUUUGUAUUUACUAACACCACUUCACCAGCAAGUACUACUUCAGUGCCCAUGACUACCUCUGUCUGUGUUCAGGAAGUGUGUCAUUGGUCAGCGUGGUAUGAUGGGAUGCAGCCUGGCUUAGGAAACAACGAUGGAGAUUUUGAAACUUUUGACAAUCUAACAGCCAAAGGCUACCAAGUUUGCAAAAAUCCAAAAGCCGUUGAAUGUAGAGCAGAGAAAUUCCCCAAUACUCCAUUAACUACACUGGACCAGAAGGUAGAAUGCAGCAGAACAGUUGGAUUAAUUUGUCAUAAUAUGGACCAGUAUCCAGAAAUCUGCCACAAUUAUCAAAUCAAAAUUCUAUGCUGUAGCUUUGUACCAUGUGGCAAUUAUACUACAGCUUCCACACCUGAAACCACCACGGUCUCUCCAGUUCAAACAACUACAGUACCAGCUACUAUUUUGACAAGUACCACUGCUUUCACAAGUACAAUGAAAGUAACCACUAGCAUCUUAACAACAACCCCAGAAACCACUUUUUUACCUACUAGCAUUACAGUCCCAUCUACCACAGAGCCUGGAUCUCCAACAACAGAAAUAAUGAGAAAAACAACGUGCAUACCUAUCUGCAAAUGGACAGAAUGGUAUGAUGUGCAUUUUCCUACACUGGAUAAUGAAGGAGAUUUUGAAACAUAUGAGAUUAUCAGAGCCACAGGAAAAGAUAUCUGUGAAAACCCAGAACAUAUAAAAUGCAGAGCUGAGAAAUUCCCUAAUAAAACUAUUGAUGAAGUUGGCCAAAAUGUCCAGUGCAACAUAUCAUUUGGAUUGGUUUGCAGAAAUGAAGAUCAGUCAGGAAUGCUGCAAAUAUGUUUUAACUAUCAAAUUAAAGUGUAUUGCUGCAACAAUGAAUGCUUGACCACUCCUACAGAAACUUCAACCAGGGUCACAACACCUCAAACAACUUCUACUAUCAUUACUACAACUUUAGGAACAACAAAUCCAAAUAUCACAACACCACAAAUUACAUCUACCUCAGUUCCAGAGACAACUACAAUUACGUUACAUCCUGUCACUACUAAAUAUACAACCAUACUUUCUACUACAAAACCUUCAAUGACAACUACCUCUAUGCAACCAAGUUCCACUGCAGCUCCUCUAACUACAACAUUUCUUCCAACAAAAGGUACACUGUCAACCACAUCUGAACCAACCACAGUAACAACGACAGUACCUCUUCCAACUACGACACAAACACAAAUACCUACAACAAUUUUAACAACAGGUAUACCUUGCACUGAGGAAAAAUGUGAAUGGUCCCAGUGGUAUGAUGUAAGUUACCCAGGCAAUGAACCUGAUGAUGGGGAUUUUGAAACUUUUAAAAAUAUAACAGACAAAGGACAUGAAAUUUGUAAAGCACCCAAAAAAGUUGAAUGUGAAGCAUUAAAGUAUCCGAAUGCAACACUUGAAGAACUGAAACAAAAAGUUACAUGUGAUACAAAAAUAGGACUCAUAUGUUAUAAUAAAGACCAAAUAUCACAAAUUUGCUACAAUUACAAGAUCAGAAUUCAAUGCUGCAAAAUUAUAUUUGUACCAUGCCCAACAACACCAAUCCCCAAAAUAACUACUACAUCACUGAAAACAACAAAAAUUCCUACAUCAGUAGUAACAACAACACAAAUAGUAAAUAAGACAACAGAAAAACAAAUUGUUACACAAUACCACACAACAAAGCUGCCAUCUACAGCACCUCAGAUAGUGGAAACAACAACUGUACCACCCACCACCACUUCUAGCUCCACUCUUCCAGUUUCAACCACAACUCCCUUUGGAACAACAACACGGGAAGUGAUAACCACAACUGUACCUCAAACCACCUCAACAGUGAUUACCAGCACCAGAAUUACCCCCAAAGAAACAACUCCCGCCACCACAACUGUUAUCACUCCCACUAAGCCCAUAGUGACCACAACUGCUUUACCCACCACUACCCAGUUACCCACACCAACAACAACUCUCACUACGACCACACCACCAACGACCACAUGUGCUCCCAUCAUCUGCCAGUGGUCAGAAUGGUUUGAUGUUGACUUUCCCACUUCUGGACCCGAAGGAGGAGACCUUGAAACCUACAGCAAUAUCCGAGCCGCGGGAGGCAGAUUCUGUGAAAAGCCUAUAAAUAUACGAUGUCAAGCUGUAAACCACCCAGACCUAAGCAUCGAACAGCUUGGUCAAGUAGUUCAGUGUGAUGUCACAGUUGGACUGGAAUGCCACAAUGAAAAACAAACUGGAGAAGUUAAGCAAUGCUUUAAUUAUAGGGUAAGUGUGCUUUGUUGUGAAGAAAACCCCGAAUGCAAAACAACAACUGUACCACCCACCACCACUUCUAGCUCCACUCUUCCCGUUUCAACCACAACUCCCUUUGGAACAACAACACGGGAAGUGAUAACCACAACUGUACCUCAAACCACCUCAACAGUGAUUACCACCACCAGAACUACCCCCAAAGAAACAACUCCCGCCACCACAACUGUUAUCACUCCCACUAAGCCCAUAGUGACCACAACUGCUUUACCCACCACUACCCAGUUACCCACACCAACAACAACUCUCACUACGACCACACCACCAACGACCACAUGUGCUCCCAUCAUCUGCCAGUGGUCAGAAUGGUUUGAUGUUGACUUUCCCACUUCUGGACCCGAAGGAGGAGACCUUGAAACCUACAGCAAUAUCCGAGCCGCGGGAGGCAGAUUCUGUGAAAAGCCUAUAAAUAUACGAUGCCAAGCUGUAAACCACCCAGACCUAAGCAUCGAACAGCUUGGUCAAGUCGUUCAGUGUGAUGUCAAAGUUGGACUGAUAUGCUACAAUAAAGAACAAACUGGGAAAGUUCAGCAAUGCUUUAAUUAUAGGGUAAGUGUGCUUUGUUGUGAAGAAAACCCCGAAUGCAAAACAACAACCGUACCACCCAUCACCACUUCUAGCUCCACUCUUCCAAUUUCAACCACAACUCCCUUUGGAACAACAACACGGGAAGUGAUAACCACAACUGUACCUCAAACCACCUCAACAGUGAUUACCACCACCAGAACUACCCCCAAAGAAACAACUCCCGCCACCACAACUGUUAUCACUCCCACUAAGCCCAUAGUGACCACAACUGCUUUACCCACCACUACCCAGUUACCCACACCAACAACAACUCUCACUACGACCACACCACCAACGACCACAUGUGCUCCCAUCAUCUGCCAGUGGUCAGAAUGGUUUGAUGUUGACUUUCCCACUUCUGGACCCGAAGGAGGAGACCUUGAAACCUACAGCAAUAUCCGAGCCGCGGGAGGCAGAUUCUGUGAAAAGCCUAUAAAUAUACGAUGCCAAGCUGUAAACCACCCAGACCUAAGCAUCGAACAGCUUGGUCAAGUCGUUCAGUGUGAUGUCACAGUUGGACUGAUAUGCUACAAUAAAGAACAAACUGGGAAAGUUCAGCAAUGCUUUAAUUAUAGGGUAAGUGUGCUUUGUUGUGAAGAAAACCCCGAAUGCAAAACAACAACCGUACCACCCACCACCACCUCUAGCUCCACUCUUCCCGUUUCAACCACAACUCCCUUUGGAACAACAACACGGGAAGUGAUAACCACAACUGUACCUCAAACCACCUCAACAGUGAUUACCAGCACCAGAACUACCCCCAAAGAAACAACUCCCGCCACCACAAUUGUUAUCACUCCCACUAAGCCCAUAGUGACCACAACUGCUUUACCCACCACUACCCAGUUACCCACACCAACAACAACUCUCACUACGACAACCCCACCAACGACCACAUGUGCUCCCGUCACCUGCCAGUGGUCAGAAUGGUUUGAUGUUGACUUUCCCACUUCUGGACCCGAAGGAGGAGACCUUGAAACCUACAGCAAUAUCCGAGCCACGGGAGGCAGAUUCUGUGAAAAGCCUAUAAAUAUACGAUGUCAAGCUGUAAACCACCCAGACCUAAGCAUCGAACAGCUUGGUCAAGUCGUUCAGUGUGAUGUCACAGUUGGACUGAUAUGCUACAAUAAAGAACAAACUGGGAAAGUUCAGCAAUGCUUUAAUUAUAGGGUAAGUGUGCUUUGUUGUGAAGAAAACCCCGAAUGCAAAACAACAACCGUACCACCCACCACCACCUCUAGUUCCACUCUUCCCGUUUCAACCACAACUCCCUUUGGAACAACAACACGGGAAGUGAUAACCACAAGUGUACCUCAAACCACCUCAACAGUGAUUACCACCACCAGAACUACCCCCAAAGAAACAACUCCCGCCACCACAACUGUUAUCACUCCCACUAAGCCCAUAGUGACCACAACUGCUUUACCCACCACUACCCAGUUACCCACACCAACAACAACUCUCACUACGACAACCCCACCAACGACCACAUGUGCUCCCGUCACCUGCCAGUGGUCAGAAUGGUUUGAUGUUGACUUUCCCACUUCUGGACCCGAAGGAGGAGACCUUGAAACCUACAGCAAUAUCCGAGCCGCGGGAGGCAGAUUCUGUGAAAAGCCUAUAAAUAUACGAUGUCAAGCUGUAAACCACCCAGACCUAAGCAUCGAACAGCUUGGUCAAGUCGUUCAGUGUGAUGUCACAGUUGGACUGAUAUGCUACAAUAAAGAACAAACUGGGAAAGUUCAGCAAUGCUUUAAUUAUAGGGUAAGUGUGCUUUGUUGUGAAGAAAACCCCGAAUGCAAAACAACAACCGUACCACCCACCACCACCUCUAGCUCCACUCUUCCCGUUUCAACCACAACUCCCUUUGGAACAACAACACGGGAAGUGAUAACCACAACUGUACCUCAAACCACCUCAACAGUGAUUACCAGCACCAGAACUACCCCCAAAGAAACAACUCCCGCCACCACAACUGUUAUCACUCCCACUAAGCCCAUAGUGACCACAACUGCUUUACCCACCACUACCCAGUUACCCACACCAACAACAACUCUCACUACGACAACCCCACCAACGACCACAUGUGCUCCCGUCACCUGCCAGUGGUCAGAAUGGUUUGAUGUUGACUUUCCCACUUCUGGACCCGAAGGAGGAGACCUUGAAACCUACAGCAAUAUCCGAGCCACGGGAGGCAGAUUCUGUGAAAAGCCUAUAAAUAUACGAUGUCAAGCUGUAAACCACCCAGACCUAAGCAUCGAACAGCUUGGUCAAGUCGUUCAGUGUGAUGUCACAGUUGGACUGAUAUGCUACAAUAAAGAACAAACUGGGAAAGUUCAGCAAUGCUUUAAUUAUAGGGUAAGUGUGCUUUGUUGUGAAGAAAACCCCGAAUGCAAAACAACAACCGUACCACCCACCACCACCUCUAGCUCCACUCUUCCCGUUUCAACCACAACUCCCUUUGGAACAACAACACGGGAAGUGAUAACCACAACUGUACCUCAAACCACCUCAACAGUGAUUACCACCACCAGAACUACCCCCAAAGAAACAACUCCCGCCACCACAACUGUUAUCACUCCCACUAAGCCCAUAGUGACCACAACUGCUUUACCCACCACUACCCAGUUACCCACACCAACAACAACUCUCACUACGACAACCCCACCAACGACCACAUGUGCUCCCGUCACCUGCCAGUGGUCAGAAUGGUUUGAUGUUGACUUUCCCACUUCUGGACCCGAAGGAGGAGACCUUGAAACCUACAGCAAUAUCCGAGCCGCGGGAGGCAGAUUCUGUGAAAAGCCUAUAAAUAUACGAUGUCAAGCUGUAAACCACCCAGACCUAAGCAUCGAACAGCUUGGUCAAGUCGUUCAGUGUGAUGUCACAGUUGGACUGAUAUGCUACAAUAAAGAACAAACUGGGAAAGUUCAGCAAUGCUUUAAUUAUAGGGUAAGUGUGCUUUGUUGUGAAGAAAACCCCGAAUGCAAAACAACAACCGUACCACCCACCACCACCUCUAGCUCCACUCUUCCCGUUUCAACCACAACUCCCUUUGGAACAACAACACGGGAAGUGAUAACCACAACUGUACCUCAAACCACCUCAACAGUGAUUACCACCACCAGAACUACCCCCAAAGAAACAACUCCCGCCACCACAACUGUUAUCACUCCCACUAAGCCCAUAGUGACCACAACUGCUUUACCCACCACUACCCAGUUACCCACACCAACAACAACUCUCACUACGACAACCCCACCAACGACCACAUGUGCUCCCGUCACCUGCCAGUGGUCAGAAUGGUUUGAUGUUGACUUUCCCACUUCUGGACCCGAAGGAGGAGACCUUGAAACCUACAGCAAUAUCCGAGCCGCGGGAGGCAGAUUCUGUGAAAAGCCUAUAAAUAUACGAUGUCAAGCUGUAAACCACCCAGACCUAAGCAUCGAACAGCUUGGUCAAGUCGUUCAGUGUGAUGUCACAGUUGGACUGAUAUGCUACAAUAAAGAACAAACUGGGAAAGUUCAGCAAUGCUUUAAUUAUAGGGUAAGUGUGCUUUGUUGUGAAGAAAACCCCGAAUGCAAAACAACAACCGUACCACCCACCACCACCUCUAGCUCCACUCUUCCCGUUUCAACCACAACUCCCUUUGGAACAACAACACGGGAAGUGAUAACCACAACUGUACCUCAAACCACCUCAACAGUGAUUACCACCACCAGAACUACCCCCAAAGAAACAACUCCCGCCACCACAACUGUUAUCACUCCCACUAAGCCCAUAGUGACCACAACUGCUUUACCCACCACUACCCAGUUACCCACACCAACAACAACUCUCACUACGACAACCCCACCAACGACCACAUGUGCUCCCGUCACCUGCCAGUGGUCAGAAUGGUUUGAUGUUGACUUUCCCACUUCUGGACCCGAAGGAGGAGACCUUGAAACCUACAGCAAUAUCCGAGCCGCGGGAGGCAGAUUCUGUGAAAAGCCUAUAAAUAUACGAUGUCAAGCUGUAAACCACCCAGACCUAAGCAUCGAACAGCUUGGUCAAGUCGUUCAGUGUGAUGUCACAGUUGGACUGAUAUGCUACAAUAAAGAACAAACUGGGAAAGUUCAGCAAUGCUUUAAUUAUAGGGUAAGUGUGCUUUGUUGUGAAGAAAACCCCGAAUGCAAAACAACAACCGUACCACCCACCACCACCUCUAGCUCCACUCUUCCCGUUUCAACCACAACUCCCUUUGGAACAACAACACGGGAAGUGAUAACCACAACUGUACCUCAAACCACCUCAACAGUGAUUACCACCACCAGAACUACCCCCAAAGAAACAACUCCCGCCACCACAACUGUUAUCACUCCCACUAAGCCCAUAGUGACCACAACUGCUUUACCCACCACUACCCAGUUACCCACACCAACAACAACUCUCACUACGACAACCCCACCAACGACCACAUGUGCUCCCGUCACCUGCCAGUGGUCAGAAUGGUUUGAUGUUGACUUUCCCACUUCUGGACCCGAAGGAGGAGACCUUGAAACCUACAGCAAUAUCCGAGCCGCGGGAGGCAGAUUCUGUGAAAAGCCUAUAAAUAUACGAUGUCAAGCUGUAAACCACCCAGACCUAAGCAUCGAACAGCUUGGUCAAGUCGUUCAGUGUGAUGUCACAGUUGGACUGAUAUGCUACAAUAAAGAACAAACUGGGAAAGUUCAGCAAUGCUUUAAUUAUAGGGUAAGUGUGCUUUGUUGUGAAGAAAACCCCGAAUGCAAAACAACAACCGUACCACCCACCACCACCUCUAGCUCCACUCUUCCCGUUUCAACCACAACUCCCUUUGGAACAACAACACGGGAAGUGAUAACCACAACUGUACCUCAAACCACCUCAACAGUGAUUACCACCACCAGAACUACCCCCAAAGAAACAACUCCCGCCACUACAACUGUUAUCACUCCCACUAAGCCCAUAGUGACCACAACUGCUUUACCCACCACUACCCAGUUACCCACACCAACAACAACUCUCACUACGACCACACCACCAAUGACCACAUGUGCUCCCAUCAUCUGCCAGUGGUCAGAAUGGUUUGAUGUUGACUUUCCCACUUCUGGACCCGAAGGAGGAGACCUUGAAACCUACAGCAAUAUCCGAGCCGCGGGAGGCAGAUUCUGUGAAAAGCCUAUAAAUAUACGAUGUCAAGCUGUAAACCACCCAGACCUAAGCAUCGAACAGCUUGGUCAAGUCGUUCAGUGUGAUGUCACAGUUGGACUGGAAUGCCACAAUAAAAAACAAACUGGGAAAGUUAAACAAUGCUUUAAUUAUAGGGUAAGUGUGCUUUGUUGUGAAGAAAACCCUGAAUGCAAAAGAACAACCGUACCACCCACCACCACUUCUAGCUCUACUCUUCCAGUUUCAACCACAACUCCCUUUGGAACCAUGACACAGGAAGUGAUAACCACAACUGUAGCUCAAACCACCUCGAGUAGUACAUCUUCAACCACCACCGUUGGAAGCAGCACAAGUUAUUGCUUUUGCCAAAUUGGCGAAAAGGUUUAUAUGCCUGGUGAAAUUAUUUAUAGGCAAACCGACAGCGAUGGCUGCCUUUAUUUUGCCAUUUGUGGUAGAACAUGUUCCGUUGAAAGAUACAAAGGGCCAUGUGUAUCAACUACACCCAGACCCACAUCAACUCCCACAAUAGUCUCCACCACUCCUACUACGAAAACUGCUGGUACUACUCCACCAUCAGGCUGUCCUGAUGCUAUUCCACCACGGAAGGUGGGUGAGACAUGGAUAGAAAAUUGCACAAAAGCAACUUGUUUAGGAAACAACAACAUUGUGAUAAGUAAAGUGGAGUGUCCACCAGUACAGAAUAUUGUGUGUGAAAACGGCUACCCACCAGUAAAAGUUCUCUCAAAGGAUGGAUGCUGUUAUCACUAUGAAUGUGAAUGUAUUUGCACUGGCUGGGGUGAUCCUCACUUUAUUACAUUUGAUGGAGUCUACUACACUUUCUUGGACAAAUGCACUUAUGUAUUGGUGCAGCAAAUUAUACCAAACUAUAAUAAUUUUAAAAUCCUUCUUGAUAAUUAUUAUUGUGAUACAGAAGAUCAACUUUCCUGUUCCCAGUCUAUUAUUAUACACUACAAAUCUUCAGUCAUUGUGUUAACUCGCCAACACUUGAAUGGGAUAGAAGCUAACAAGAUUUAUUUCAAUGGGAAAGUCAUCAAGGCAAGUUUCCAUAAAGAUGAUAUUUAUAUCUACACAAUUGGCAUUAAUAUGGUGGUUGAAAUGGCUGAAAUUGAAACUAUUGUCACCUAUAGUGGUGUAGUCUUCUCAGUAAAGCUUCCAUUCAGCAAGUUUAACAACAAUACUGAAGGACAAUGUGGUACUUGCACUAACAAUAUAAAAGAUGAAUGUCGCUUACCAAAUGGUGAAGUAACAGAUUGCCCCCACAUGGCUACCCAUUGGAAAGUGCCUGAUCCUAAAAAAGAUUACUGCUUUGGACCAACACCAUCUGUACCAACUGACACUGUAACACCUUCACCUGGAUCAUGUGGCCUAGCUCCUCUAUGUUCCCUUAUUUUGAAUGAAAUCUUCUCUGAGUGCCAUGAGAUCAUACCCCCAGAUCCCUAUUUCCAAGGCUGCCUCUUUGAUGCUUGCCAUAAGAAAAAUAUCUCCAUGCAAUGUUCAGCAGUAGAGAUGUAUGCUUCUCUCUGUGCCUCUAAAGGUGUUUGUAUUGAUUGGAGAGGGAAGACCAACAAUGAAUGCCCAUUUAGCUGUCCUACAGAUAAAGUAUACAAUCCAUGUGGCCCCAUCAAUCCUUCCACUUGUGAUAACAGUGGUCCUCCGCAGACCGGAAUAACAGAAGGUUGCUUCUGUAAAAAUGGAACCAAACUCUUCAGUACCCAUAAAGAUACCUGUGUCUCUGAUUGUGGUUGUGUUGGUUCAGAUGGGUUACCCAAAGCGCCUGGAGAAACUUGGAUUAGCAAUUGCCAGAAAUGUACUUGCGAGGAAUAUUCUCUUAUGGUACAAUGUAUUGAAGAACCAUGUCCUACCAAACUUACUCCUGUGGAAUGUUCUUUUGAAGGGUUUGUACCCAUCACAAUAUUAACCCCUGAAGAAAAGUGCUGUCCUCAAAAGCAGUGUGUGUGCAACACUUCUCACUGUCCCAAAUCUAUAGAAACCUGUCCACCAGGGUAUGAAUUAAAAAAGGAAAACUUGCCAGGAAGCUGCUGCAUUAAUACCACUUGUGUGAAAGUACCAGGCUGUGUUGUCAAUGGAACAUUCUACAGUCCUGGGGCAGUCGUACCAGGAGGAUUAUGUGAAUCAUGCAGAUGCUCUGAAAAAGAAGAUUUAGAAAACAAUGUAGAGUGUGUGUCUCAAACAUGUGACAAAAGAUGCCCACUGGGUCAUGAAUACCAGGAAGUAUCUGGAAAAUGUUGUGGUGAAUGUAGGCAGUUUGCUUGUGUUGUGACACUAGAUUCCCAUCCUGUCAAAGUGCUCGAGCCAGGAGAAACUUGGACCUCACCAGGAAACAAUUGUACUUCAUAUGAAUGUGAUCUUAUUGAGGACCAAUAUGUUCUCGUCACUAUCAAGAAAGCCUGCCCUCUCUUUGAUUCAAAUGAAUGCCGGCCUGAGGAUGUGGUAUUAACUGAGGAUGGGUGUUGCAAGUUGUGCAGGUCUAAACAAGAAAAAUUCUGUAUACCAGCAAAUAUCACCAAAACAAUAAAACACAAUGGUUGUGAAGCUUCUUCACCUAUUGAAGUAACAUACUGUGAAGGCCAAUGUAACAGUUUUUCAAAGUAUUCAUAUGAAGCAAGCAUGAUGGAUCAUACAUGCAACUGUUGUCAAGAGCGAAAGACUACGAAGAAGUAUGUGACCUUGAUUUGCCCUGAUGGUUCCACCAUGGAUUAUUCUUACCUCCAUGUUGAUGAGUGUGAGUGUGUCGAGAGUAAAUGCAACAUUGUGCCCACUCCCAUACCACAUCAACAGGAACAGCAGCAACAGGUGACCAUGUUCCCACCAGACCAGCAGCAGCAGCAGCAGCAGCAGCAGCAGCAGCAGCAGGAACAGCUGCAACAAAAGAAGCCAUAAGAAUAGAAAUUGCGGCAGGAAUGAAAGGGACAAUUGGACCAGUCUAAACAUUUUCAAAAAGUGACCCAGAAUUGAAUAAAAGUUAAAUUGUAAUAAAACGUAAAAUGCUCAAGCAACAUUCAACCAAAUAUUUCCUCUAGCUAGUCUUCAAGAAAAGAUUUUCUCUUCUGCAUGCCAAGCAUUUUGAAAUGUUCUGACCUUUUCUUGGGUGUAGGCUCAACUGAGACUAUAUGACUAAGUUGAAAAAAAACUGGGGGGAAGGAAGGGAAGAGGGCUUGGUGUCAAUAAUUGGAGUCAGGGGUGAAGAAAUAAAAAGGAUGUAUUGGUUUGAUUUGGGAUCUUCUCUUGAGAAGCAACAAUUCCUGCAUUAAGUGACAGGUGGUACCAUUUUAAUUAAGACUGGUGGAGUUUUUAACCACUAGCCGACAGAAGCUAGACAAGAUCUAAAAACUUUGAGUUGUGACACAAACAUUGGCUGGUAUUUGCUAAAAUGACAAGUGAAGCUUUCAGUUCCCUGGCAUAAUUUUUCUUACUGUGCUUCCAAAUUUCUUUUUCUAUAAACUUCAUUUUUGCCUACUCUUUCCAAAUAUGAGACAGGCUAUAAUGAUGUGAGAUUCUUUGUAGAUUUGUUACUAUUGCAACAAGUGGGGGGAAACCCGUGAAUUGUGAUUGCUGCUGAAGAAGACUGUUUACAUGAUAUCAUCAGCAUAGAAGUUGUAGGAGGAUCUGGAUUAUUUUUGUAACUGUUUACAGAAUGGACUAAUAUAUGUAUAUGCACACCAAAAGGUCACUGAAGAAUUUUUGUAAACCGAAGUAAUAAAUAACAAUAAUAUAACUUAGAAUUUCUAUUCUGAGUUAGUGAAUUGUUUUUGAACAUUUAAUUACUAUUUAUUUGUUUCCAGAAAAUAGAUUUUCAGGGAUAUUUUCUUCUGAAUAAGGGCUCUACUGUCUGCCACUAAUGUCUGGUUGAGGGAAAAUUUCAUCUUUUAUAUUUGUUUUUUGUUUCUCAACAACAACUAAAUGAUUAAUAAAAUUUCAACAUUUUGCAGGGGA